GGACAUCUUGGCUGAAAAGGAUGCUGAGGUCCCUUCUGACCUCUAUAACGCGUACAAGACCCCCGCUGCUAAAGACAAGAGACGGCCGCUGCUGCUGUUGCUGCUGCUGCAGCAGCAAUGGGAGCAGCAUCGACUAGUGGCUCAGGUAGAGGAGCAACACCCCCACCAGCAGCACCACCAGCAGCAGCAGCAGGAGGCGCAGCAGCGGCAGUGUCGACACAAAAAAGGCGCCAAAGAGUGGCGAGUCUACCAGCGAUACAGAGGGCUUGCUCAAGUACACCGCGACUUCCUCCUCACUCUGCGAGACGCCCAACACGACCUCCCAGGAGACAUGGAUUUCCAGGGGUUCCUUAGAGAGGUCGGGAUGCAUGCUCUAAAACAGCCCGCGUAUCACAAAGCCCAGCAGAUGGCGAAUCAGGGGUUCGACCGCCCCAUGGACCAGGGAGGCGCACCCGGGGGAGGCUUUCCCCGGCCAGGAAUGGAGGAGGACCGGUGGGGUAGAGGCCCGGGUAUGGGCCCGAGAGGUCCGGGCGGAGGCAUGGACGGCGGGUUCUGGGCAUGCCAGGUCCGGGGGGAGGUCCGGGGUUCAGAGGCCCGGGAGGAGGCCCGCCUAUGGGCAUGGGAGGUCCGGGCAUGCGGGGAGGAAUGGGCGGGCCAGGGGGGCCGUUGCUGGGUAGGGGGGAUCGGGGGUGCUGCCGCACGGUGCGCCUGGUAUGGGGGGCCUGGGGGGAUGCCGAUGGGUGGGCCACGGGGAGGAGUGGAUGCAGAUAGAUGGGCGAGAAACCCGCUUCAGAACCGGCCGGCUGCCCCUGCUGGUCCCCCGCUUCCCGCGAUUCAUAAGACCGAGAACAGGUACAAGGCUGGGCUGGUUUCAGACGAAGAGGAGAAGAAGCAGCGGCAGAUCAAGGGCAUCUUGAAUAAGCUGACGCCGCAGAAUUUUGAGAAGUUGUUUAAUCAGGUCAAGGAGGUGAAGAUCGAUUCCCCGGAGACUCUCACAGGGGUGAUUGCGCAGAUUUUUGACAAGGCUUUGCUGGAGCCGACGUUUUGCGAGCUGUAUGCUAAGUUUUGUCAGGAGUUGGCCGUGGAACUGCCUCAGUUUGGGGAGGGCGAUGAGAGGGUGACGUUUAAGCGCACGCUUUUAAAUAAGUGCCAGGAGGAGUUUGAGAGAGGGGAUCAGGAGCAGCUGGAUGCGGAGAAGGAGGAGGAGGAGGUGGAGGUGGAGGAGGAGGAAGGGAGGGAAGAAAGGGAGGGGAGGAAGGGGAGGAGGAGAAGGAAGGGAAGAAGAAGGGGAGAGGGAGAGAAGGAGGAGGGUAGUAAGGAAGGGAAGGAAGGGGAGAAGGAAGGAGAAAAGGAAGGAGAAAAGGAAGGGAAGAAGGAGGGAAGGUGAUGGUUAAGAAGAUGGUGAAAUUGACAGAGGCGGAGAGGCAGAGCAGGAGGCAGAAGGCCAGGAGGCGAAUGCUGGGGAAUAUCCGCUUUAUAGGAGAGCUGUAUAAGAUGAGCAUGCUCACCGAGCGCAUCAUGCACGGGUGCAUUGUGAAGCUUCUCGGAAACACAGAGGACCCGGACGAGGAGGACAUCGAGGCUCUGUGCAAGCUGCUCACCACCAUCGCCAUCAUCGACCACGAGAAGGCCAAGAGCCACAUCGACGCAUACAUGGCGCGGAUCGACAUCCUCUCUGCCUCCCCCAAGCUCUCCUCUCGCAUCCGCUUCGGUCUGAAAGACAUCAUUGAGUUGAGGGGCAACAGGUGGCAGGCUAGAAGGAAAGUGGAAGGGCCUAAGAAGAUUGACCAGGUGCAUCGGGACGCGAGGGACGAGCGGUCCAAUGCCGUCGCGACAGCUGGCAGGCAGAUCUUGGAGCGCGGGGGCGGGGGGAGCAGGGGGCCGGGGGGCAUGGGGGGGAGUGGGCGGCGGCCGGAUUACUCCAUGGAGCCGCCCGGGCGGCCGGGCCCUGGCGGGUUUGAGGGGAGGGGCGGGAUGGAUGAUAUGGGCCGGCCCAUGCCCUUGCCCCAGAGAAUCAUGGAU